AUGGCAUUAUUAACGAUUGAAGCGUUAGUUUUUGCAAAAAUAAUUAUAUCAUUCCUUUUAAUCUACAUCGCACAAUUUUAUUACAAAUAUUUUACAAGACCAAAUCCACUACCAGGCCCAAUACCCUUACCUUUGCUCGGAGACUUGUUAAGAAUCUUAUUACAAGCUAAUGGAGAUAGAGCAGAAUGGUUUAGAAUAUUAAAUAAGAAAUAUGGUGGUAUUUUCGAAACAUAUGUUGGGAAUGAACGUAAAAUUAUAUUUGCCAAAGCGGAAUAUGUCGAAAAAUUGAUGUCAGCUUCUACCAACAGUAAUUAUAUAAUGAAAUCAGAUGAUAACCCUUCAUUUGAAGAAUUAGGAAUAAAAGGAAAAGGGAUUUUAUUGAAUAAUGAUAUUCCUACUUGGAGGUUCAAUAGAAAAUUCUUAACACAGGCAAUAUUGGCUCCAAGCUUCUCAAAUGAAGUUUUACAUUGGACCCCAAUGUUGUUUAAUGAAUUAAAUGAGUAUUGGAAAGAAAUUGGGGAAAAUGCUCCGAUCGAUUUCGCCGCAUGGAUUCAUAGAUUUACAACAGAAAUUAUUUUUCAAAUGACUGUUGGGCUAAAAGUUAAUUCAAUGAUCACUUAUUUUAAUCAAGUUGAACCGUCAAAAAGGAAACACAUCGAGCAAAAUCCUGUAAUCGAAGACAUUGCAAAUUUCGUUGACGAUGUUGAGAAAGGACUUGAUCAUUUAGUAUUUGCUCUUAUAUUUCCUGCUAUUAUUAGACAUACCAUCUUGAAAAAGAAGAAUCAAGACAUGCUUAGUCAUCGGCGUAAAGUUAUUGAAACUAUGAAGAAGGUUAUUGAUCAUCGAAGAAAUGAAAUUGAAAAUACAUCAGUUGAAGAAAAAUUAAGACAUGAUAUGUUAACUUCUUUGAUCACCGCAAAUACCGAACGUGAUGUCAAUGUCUCCAAAUAUAUGGAUGAUGAUCAUUCUAAACCUUUAAAUAAUGAUGAAAUCCAUCAAAUUUUACUUGAAUCUAUUACUGGCGGAAUUGACACAACUGCAAACUUAUUAUGUUUUGUCAUAUACUAUUUAUGCCAUUAUCCUGAUGUUUUGGCUCGGUUGCAAAAGGAACUUGAUUCGAUCUUUGGUUUGGAUCAACGAAUGCCUACAAUGGAAGAUCUCUCAAAGAUGCAUUACACGGAAGCUAUAAUUAAGGAAUGUUCACGACUCGUAAAUACGGCCAAAGCAACUCAACGCGUUUCUUCUUCGUCUGAUACAAUUUCAGGAUAUGAAUGGCCUGCAAACACGACAUUUAUUGCAUAUAUUGAAGGAAUCCAUCUUAAUCCUGAUCAUUGGAAAGAUCCUUAUGAAUUUAAUCCUGAUAGAUUUAUAGGUACUGAACCACAAAAGAAUACGUUUUUGAUGUUUGGAGGUGGUGUAAGGAUAUGUCCAGGGAGAAAAUUGGCUCUUGUGGAAUUAAGAUGUCUGAUUGCUUUAAUUUAUAGAAAUUUAGAUAUUUCAUUAGUAGAUAUGAAUGCUCCUUUAAAAUUAAAGCAUACCAUCGUAAACACAUGUACUGAAUUACAAAUCAGAGUUAAACAAAAAUAA